UCCCUGAAUCCUCCCAUCCAAAGGAGGCCUAAGAAAAAAGGGGGGCGCCUUCCCAAUAGUCAAGACGAAAUCCUAACACGAUAACAAGAUCGAUUGUGGGUUACAAGUUACAACCGAUUUAUAAAAAAUUGUCUCAUUGUUUAGCAAUCCGCGUAUCCUCCACUCAAAGAGUCACUUUCUCAGCAGAUUUUUUCUGCCUUUUCUUUCCUUGAUCGAGCAGUUUUUCUGAGCACCGAUUAUAAUAGUCGACGAUUUAGGGCUCUCUUUCUCUGGUCUGCGACUGCGAUUCCAGACUUCCAGCGGCAAUCCAACUUCUCUCUGUGAAAAAAUGUCUACAUCGGAAGAAGAGAUCACGCGGCUUUAUAGAAUCCGGAAAACGGUAAUGCAAAUGCUGAGGGACCGAGGGUACUUUGUGACGGAUUAUGAGAUAGAGAUGACUAAACCACAGUUUGUUCAGAAAUAUGGUGAAAACAUGAAAAGAGAGGACCUUGUCAUCAGCAAAAACAAGCGCACCGAAAGCGGUGAUCAGAUUUAUGUUUUUUUCCCUGAGGAACCGAAGGUUGGUGUAAAGACAAUGAAGACUUAUACCAAUCGCAUGAAAUCAGAGAAUGUUUUUCGAGCAAUCUUGGUCGUUCAACAGAAUCUGACUCCUUUUGCUCGUACGUGCAUAAGCGAAAUAUCUGCAAAAUUCCACUUAGAGGUUUUCCAGGAGGCAGAGUUGUUGGUCAACAUUAAAGAACAUGUUCUUGUUCCCGAGCACCAGAUGCUCACAGAUGAAGAGAAGAAGACUCUGUUGAAGAGAUAUACUGUGAAAGAAACACAGCUACCUCGAAUACAAGUGACUGAUCCAAUCGCCAGGUAUUAUGGGAUGAAGCGCGGACAAGUUGUGAAGAUUAUCCGGCCAAGUGAGACUGCUGGCCGUUACGUCACUUACAGAUAUGUUGUUUGAUUUUAUUUCAUAUCAUAUUUUGUUUUAUGAAACUCUUAGGAAACUGGGCUUUUUGAUUUUUGUUUUUGGUGUUAUGUGUUUGUCAAUUAUCUUGAGACUCUGUAAUUGAGGGGCUGAUACAUUUCUCAGUUACUGAAAUUUUGAAUUCAUUUGGGUUUAAGUUAAAA